AUGUCACAGCUGAUCCUCCUACUGACGCUGCUCAUCACACAGGUAUCUUCAAAUAAAAUCCUAAAGGUUGUGAUGGAACAAUGGAUGAGCUACAAGAAUGAGUGCAUCCACAACAUCACCAGCGAACCACCUGCCACAGCUGUGGUGUGCAACCGAACUUUCGACAAUUACGCCUGUUGGCCUGACGGCCCGCCUGGCACCACGGUCAAUGUUCCCUGCCCCUGGUACCUGCCGUGGCAUCGCAAAGAUGGGCAGUGGUCUCCUAAGAACACCAGUGACUGUGAACAGGAUGACCGGGAACAGCAGCGGUACGGGAGGAUCCUCAGUAAGUUCAGGGCAAUGUACACAGUGGGCUACUCCCUGUCCCUGGGAGCUCUGGUGCUGGCUCUGGGCAUCCUGGUGGCCUUCAGAAAACUCCACUGCAUGCGAAACAACAUCCACAUGAACCUGUUCUCCUCCUUCAUCCUUCGGGCCCUCUCCAUCCUCAUCAAGGACGCCCUGCUGGACACACCCACCCUCAACAUCAGGCGGGACGUCGCCCCCGACUACCAGGUGGAGCACUGGGCCAACACGGCUGCCGGAUGUCGUAUUGCCAUGGUGAUGAUGCAGUACAGUAUCAUGGCCAAUAACUACUGGCUGUUGGUGGAGGGGAUCUACCUACACAACCUGCUGGUCGUCACUGUCUUCACUGAGAGAAACUACUUCAACAUCUACUUGUGCAUCGGCUGGGGGGCCCCUCUGAUGUUUGUGCUGCCCUGGAUCACUGCCAAAUACCUGUACGAGAACGAGGAGUGCUGGGAGAGGAAUAUCAACAUGGGCUACUGGUGGAUCAUCCGGUCACCUAUCCUGUUUGCAGUGCUAGUGAACUUCUUCAUAUUCAUCCGCAUCAUUAAGAUCCUCAUGUCCAAGCUGAAGGCCCACCAGAUGAGAUACACCGACUACAAGUUCCGCCUGGCUAAGUCCACUCUCACUCUGAUUCCUCUGUUGGGGAUUCACGUGGUGCUGUUCAUCUUUGUGACGGAUGACCACACCCCUAACGGAUCCCUCCGCCUCAUCAAGCUCUUCUACAACCUCUUCUUCAACUCCUUCCAGGGUCUGCUGGUAGCCAUCCUGUACUGCUUUGUCAACAAGGAAGUUCAGUCUGAGAUGCUGAAGCGGUGGAGGCGGUGGAAGUUGGGGAAGGACAUAGAGGAGGAGUACAGACACACCCACAGCCAGACGCCCCACGUGAAGAGUGGCAGUGUGGCGGCGCCCCCCCCCGACCCGCCGGACCCCCCCGACCCCCCCGAGCCCCCGGACCUCUCCCUCUCCGCCGACGGGGACGACAGCCGGCAGCUGGUGUCGGGCCGCUGCCAGAACGGCACCGGCAAGGCCAAGCCCCCCCGCCCGCUGUUCCCCGACCCGCCCGUGGAGGGCGCCAGCAGCUGCAGCACCCUCGCCGAGGACAUCAGCCUGCAGGAGCGCACGCAGUGCCUCCGCAGCCCAGCAGGGGGCGCCGAGAGCAACUUUUGA